AGCUCUGUGGUGGUCAGUGCCCCUGCCCACCCGGCCAAGGGGCCACCGAGGCGGCUUCUGAGGCUUCAGAGGGGAGCUGGAGCAUCAAUGUUCCGACCUCGUUCACCCCGCCAUGGCCGAUUCAGAGCCUGGCGUUAGCGGGGUACGAGCCAUCCCACUGGCGGACGCCUCGAAGCCCAAGUCGUGGCCAAUCUCUUCACCCCCCCGCGAGACGGCGCAGCUGGGUCGUCGUGUCGCUGGACAAAAAUUCCCUGUGACUCAAGACCACAUCCACCAAGCCCACCGCCGCCACCGGUCGCAACCGAGUCCGUCGUGUUUGGUGCAACGAUAACCACACAUAGGAGAGGCAUUGAGCGCAUAAUCUCAUCAUGCCGACCAUCUCCGUCGACAAGUACAAGCUGUUCGAGGCCCUUGGCCAGAAGUUCACCAAAGCCGAAUUCGAGGACCUCUGCUUCGACUACGGCAUUGAACUUGACGAAGAUACCGAGGAGGAGGAAAGACCCAUUGUCAAUGGAGUCCAAGAACCCCCGCAGCUCAAGAUCGAAAUCCCCGCCAACCGAUAUGACAUGCUCUGCUUCGAGGGCAUCGCCCUCAAUCUCAACAUCUUCCGUGGCCGCAUGGCCCCUCCCAAUUUCCGGGUAGUCGAGCCUAAGAACGAGCCGCAGCAGGUCAUCAAGGUCCUGCCAGACACCACCAAGGUUCGCCCGUACGUGGCCGGUGCCGUCCUGCGGAACAUCAAGUUUACCCAGGAUCGCUAUGACUCCUUCAUCGCCCUGCAAGACAAGCUGCACCAGAACCUGGCUCGGAACAGAACACUCGUCUCGAUGGGAACACAUGAUCUGGACACCAUUCAGGGUCCCUUCACCUACGAGGCGCUGCCGCCCAGAGACAUCGAGUUCAUCCCGCUCAACCAGACCAAGAAGAUGAAUGCGGAGGAGCUUAUGACCUUCUACGAGAACGACAAGCAUCUUGGACGCUUCCUUCACAUCAUUCGUGACGCACCGGUCUAUCCAGUUAUUUACGAUGCAAACCGCGUUGUGUGCUCGCUCCCCCCGAUCAUCAAUGGCGAGCACUCCAAGAUCACACUGAACACUACCAAUGUCUUCAUUGAGAUCACUGCCACCGACCUCACCAAGCUCCAGAUUGUCACUGACAUGCUCGUCACUAUGUUCUCCAUGUACUGCGCUGAGCCCUUCACUGUUGAGCCCGUCAAGAUUGUCUCGGAUCACAACGACCUGACGAGGGUUACGCCGACCCUCAAACCCCGGGUUACUCACGCCGAAGUCGACUACCUGAACAGCUGCACCGGCUUGAACGAGACGCCAGAGUCGCUGUGUAACCUUCUGACCAAGAUGGCCUACUCCUCUCGCCCCUCAGAUCGGGAUGCCAACCUUCUCGAGAUCGCUAUCCCUCCCACCCGAGCUGAUAUUCUCCACCAGUGCGACAUCAUGGAGGACCUCGCUGUGUGCUACGGCUUCAACAAACUGCCAAGAACUGCUCCUACACGGAGCGCGACUGUCGGUGCCCCUCUGAUGGUCAACAAGCUCAGCGAUAUUGUACGUGUGGAGGCCGCCAUGGCGGGCUGGAGCGAAGUCAUGCCCCUCAUUUUGUGUAGCCACGAUGAGAAUUUUGCGUGGCUGAACCGCAAGGAUGACGGAAAGACGGUUGUUCGUCUGGCAAAUCCUAAGACCCUGGAGUACCAAGUUGUGAGGACGUCGCUGCUACCGGGCCUACUCAAGACCAUUCGCGAGAACAAGGGCCACAGCGUUCCCAUCAAGAUCUUCGAGGUUGCCGACGUCGCUUUCAAGGACGAGCGCGAGGAGCGCAAGGCUCGCAACGAGCGCCAUUUCGCCGCCGCCUGGUGCGGCAAAUCCAGUGGUUUCGAGGUUGUUCACGGCCUCCUGGACCGGGUCCUAUUGAUGCUGCGGACUGCCUUCCUGACGCACGAGGAAGGCCUGACCUGCGGCAGGAGCGUUGACUUUGAGGUGAAGCAGAAUCCCAGCAAGCCCGACGGGUACUGGAUUGAGGAACUCAACGAGGAUACCUUCUUCCCCGGCCACGCCGCGGGCGUGUACCUCCGCCUUGGAGGCAAGGAGGCUCGCAUCGGCGAAUUCGGCAUCUUGCACCCCACUGUUCUGGAGAAGUUUGACCUGAGAUACCCUGUCAGCACCCUAGAGAUCAACCUCGAAGUCUUCUUAUGAGAGCUGUUCUCGGUGAAGACUAAAACGGGGACAGGCCCCAGAUGUAGGCUACUAGACCAGACACCUGCGAGAUAGAUGAUACAUUCUGCAUGAGGCGGCCCAUUUUAAUUUGUAUCUCCUGUGAAGUGGGCUACCACAUGUGUUCCCCUGUGAGUGCAAAUACACGCUGCAAUAGCC